UUAAUCUUAGAUUUGUGUUAGGGAUAUCGAACGCCGGGGAAGAAGAGAGAAUUUAUACUUCGAAUUCACUUUUGAACCGCUUCGUUAAAUAUUUGACUAAACCGGUAUUAUGAAAAAUUGUGUUUUAAACAUUAAUUUAACAUACUUGACGCAAAAGAGACGAAGCGAAACCCUGCCCGCCGAGCAAUUUUAGUAAAGGAGGAAAAAAGAUUAAAAGCAAGCAGGAAUUAUGUGUACGUGCAUCGACUUGUAUUCUGAAUUUUACUAAAUUGCCGAUUAGAGAUAGCGAUGCGAAUGAAACACCAACUAGUGCACUAAUUCUCGUCCGGAAUUUCGAAAUAACUGAGUUUAUUUAUAAUCAUAAAUAUGCAAAUUUAUAGCAUGGCAUUUGAGAGUCAAAGCGAGAUCCCUCUUUGUUUCAUAAGCAAGAUAAUUACGGUUUGAAAAGUACAAUGCGAUUGAUGAAAAUGCAAUAAUUCGUUAAUUUCCGCGCAAGUUUCCUACAUUUUUAUGUAUUUUUAUCUAUUUUUGACUUUCACCUUUUUGAAUUAAUUAAAAAUUUGAGGGUGAGAGGGAAGAUCGAAUCAAAACACUAGUUGGUGCACGUACAGGUGUCAUAAAUCUUCGUGGCUUUUAAUUUGGGAACUAUUGGUCCAGAGGGACGAAACAUACGCGGCAGCACUGAUUGCUACAUGUCACAUGUCCGAAUAAUUGAACAUUUAUCAUUGAAUAUAAUCGCGACAAACGGACGAACGGAAAGGUCCAUUGGAGGAUCAAUCAGUUAAUACGGAACAAGGCGAUGAAUGAAAAAAAAGGAAUAAAUAUCAACGGGUGCAUAACAAGUCAAAUAAAUAGAAACACGUUCAUGAAAAAGUCACGUCAAAGUGAAGAAAUUUUGGUGGAAUGUAAUGAUAUCGAUUACCGUGACGGGAGUAAGCUCUUUUAGUUAAUACAAUUAAAAUGAAAAUUUGCAUCAUAAGUCUUCCAAUCAGAAAUAAAUGGGGAUAAUAACAGAAAUGAAGGAUGAUAUCCCAAAUGCAAUUUAGAUAAUACUAAUUUGACGCCAGUAGCUGGAUGACGUAAAAUAAACAAUAUCAGAUGAUUUCAAUAUUUAUGUAUCGGCAUUAAAUAUUUUCGUUAAAUAUGUGUUUCGAAUCCACAGAAAGACAGGAGCCUUAAAAGAAAAAAAAAAUAGUUCAAUUAUACCCUGUCCAUAUAAGAGGCGAUUAAAAAACUCAGCACCAUGUGCGUCCGAAGGAGCUCCGCGAGAAAUCGGCGAAAAACUGAAACCACCGUUCCCUGGUCUUCGUGCCCGAUACCAAUAAAAUUUUGACAAACGUGGUCGUGAAAAAGAACGAGCCGGCAGUGCGUCGAAAAAAGGAGGAACAGGGAGAAGUAGGGCAAACCUCCCGCGAAAUGGCUCCGAGGAAGGCGAUGCUGCUCCCAGGACAUCAACGAGCAGCCAUCGGAAGGAUAAAAGAGCUCGCGAAGUUCCGGGGCUACGGGGAAACGAACACCCUCGUAGGAACAUAGUGUUCGCAAGUCGUUCAGGGGAAAAAAAAAAAGAAAAGUCAAAGGAAGUGUCGCCGUGGAAGAAAUUAAAAAAGAUGCCGGGGAUCGUGGUAUUCCGGCGACGCUGGAGCGUCGGAAGCGACGACCUCGUGGUUCCUGGCUCCUUUUUGUUCGUCCUGCACCUUAUAUGGAUCAUCGUCCUGGGUGUCCUGCUGGCUAUCCUGGAGUGGGAUCGCAGCAUCAGCUGCAUCCUCCUCUUAUGGGAAUACGUAGUCGGAUACUUGGCGAUAUUCGUGGCCUCCAUGGUGGUCGAGUUUUCCAUCUGUCUUUUGGCAACGAGAGGGAGCAUACUCGAUACUGCGGCUAGGGCACCUAUGCAGCAUGUACUCUACAUACGGCUAUUUCUAUUGUUGGUGGAAACUGGUUGGCUGUGCGCGGGGGUAACCUGGUUAACUUUUCAUUACCAAACCUGUCCCGUGGAUCAAGCGAAGGAAAUCAUUUUAGGUCUGGUGAUAUCGAACUGGUGCGUCCUGGCGUCGGUGGUGGUGACGGUGUGGUGCACGUACGACGCGGCCGGGAGAUCCUGGGUGAAGAUGAAGAAAUACCAGCGCAGCAUGAGGGAGGCGGAGUCCCGCGGGGCCAGAUUGCACUACAAGCGCAGCGGGAGCAGGAACCGGAACUGGCGACAACGAAAAGUCAUCCGGGCGUACCAGGACAGUUGGGACAACAGGUGCAGGCUGCUAUUCUGCUGCAUGGGGAACUCCGACCGAAACAGAAAUUCGUUCGCCGACAUCGCCAGGCUGCUGAGCGAUUUCUUUCGGGACCUGGACGUGGUCCCUUCGGACGUGGUGGCCGGCCUCGUGUUGCUGAGGAAGUUCCAGAAGGUCGAGCGGGAGCUCAUCGUCAAACAGAGGAAGAACGACACCUAUGAGUUCCUUUCGGGGGUUCCCGUCACGCCUCGCACCAAGUUCCUGUCGUUGACGGAAGACGGGGACUUGAACCACUUCCAAUCGGCCAUACACUACAUGCACUUUGCCCUUGCUGCCUAUGGCUGGCCCUUAUUCCUCGUCAAUCACACCACUGGUCUCUGUCAAUUGUGCACUAGGCUGCGGUGCGGUUGCUUUCCGUGUAGAACUCACGACGACGAAGCCACAGUCGUCGAGGAUAAUUGUUGCCAGUGCAAUUAUGCAGCCCUUCGAAGGAUGGUGGAAGUCGGCGAGGUCGAGGUCAUUUAUGCGACUUUCCACGUCGACGUCGGCGAGACGCCGUUCUUCGUCGCUCUCGAUUACUCCAAGAAGAAGGUGGUCGUCAGCAUACGUGGUACACUUAGCAUGAAGGAUGUCGUAACGGAUUUGAACGCCGAGGGCGAAGUGCUACCUCUAAAUCCGCCUCGAGAGGACUGGCUAGGACACAAAGGAAUGGUCCAGGCUGCGGAAUAUAUACGUAAAAAACUUUACGAGGAAGGCAUCAUCGCGAAGGCUUUAGCCAAAGACCCUUCCAGAGGUACUCAUCAAUUUGGAUUGACUCUGGUAGGUCACUCCUUGGGUGCAGGGACCGCAGCGAUCCUGGCGAUCCUGCUGAAACAAGAGUAUCCAGACUUGGUUUGCUUUUCAUUCGCACCCCCUGGCGGGCUUUUGAGCAUGCCAGCUCAACAGUACAGCCAAGAGUUCAUCACCUCCGUCGUCGUUGGCAAAGACGUCGUUCCCCGAAUAGGUCUCAGGCAAAUGGAGAGUCUGAGGGCAGAUCUCAUUAAUGCCAUUAAAAGAAGCGUAGAUCCUAAGUGGAAGACGAUAGCUUGUUCGGUGAUGUGCUGUGGUUGCGGGUCAACUCCAACGUCAGCGGCGAAUUUAGAAGCUGGUGGUUGUAUCAGCGAGUAUCAGAGAGAUAAGGACCAGGCACGUUCUCAAACCGUCGUGCCCAGCGAUUCCAGCAUCGCACUCACUUUGCACAGACCCUUGUAUCCCCCGGGGAGGAUUAUUCACGUUGUGCGACAUCACCCCAACAAGGGCGAGCAAAAGUAUGAGACGCGUUGGAGGCAAGUUUUGAGAAAGCGGGAGCCAGUUUAUCAGGCGCUCUGGGCGGGCCCCUGCGACUUCGACGAGGUCCUGAUAAGCCCCGUGAUGAUUCAGGACCACAUGCCCGAUAACAUGCUUAAGGCCCUGAAUAAGGUGUCAGCGUGCAGAGAUCGAAGCGCCGAGAUCGCGGCUGCCCGAGCGUCGACCAUAGAAGUAGCGACACAGAGAAGGCCCGAGCAACGCAUCGCCCUUCAACUUCGAGCUUCGUCGCCGCGAAGCGGCAACGCCGACGCCUAUGCCACCACACCCUCGCCUUGCCACAAUACAAGGUCAUCGCGUGCCACCGAAUGGGAGAGUUCACCACGUGCAGCUCCCCUGGCGACGCCGGAAACCCUCUCGGAAGCCUCCAGCAACCCCCCCUCGCCGAUCCCUCCUCCCAGGCCGAUGAGACGAACUCCGAAGAUUCCGGGAAACUUGUCGACGGCGGCGGACGACCUGAAGAAUAACCUCCACUUCGCCAUGCUCUCGGCUAAGAACUACUUCCUUAGGGAAGAGGCCGUUGGCAGCAACUCCAGCAGCAGCGGCAACAGCGAGGGCAGCUACGAGAGCGCCAAAAGCCAAGGCGCUGGUCUUCCGCCGCCAGUACCGAAAAGACGAGACUCCGUCGUCGACCGAAGGGAGGAACGAAUAUGCACGGCAGCUUGCUGCAGAGAUGAUCUAUCCGAGAAUUCAUCGACACAUGUGUCCUCGCACUCGUCCAGGGCAUCUCGUACGUCGCAUCGCGUGCAGAUCGACUUUGCCGAGGAGGAAAAUGACACCAACGGGUCCAGCUUAGAUUUCUACGAGGCAAAGGGCUCCUCCGGCCAACGGGACAGCAGCAACGACGUGUUCCUGAGCGUUAGAAGCUCACCCGAGUGCAAAGGUCUCAUGGCACCUGCGACAGACUUAGGAGCCGAAUGGAAGCGAAGAUUCGACUCACCUGGAUUGAGCGGCGACGCUGCUUUGCCGCUUCUGCGCGGCCUCUCACCUACGCCCGUUCAAGUCCAGCACAGUUCUCCGUUUUUCAACGCCAAACGAAAAAAAUACGUAUAUCCGAUAACUCUGGUAGGCCGCGGCGAAAGCAGCGUCUAGCACGAAUGGAAACUCGUAGGUGGGACCACGAAUAUAUUCGGGACGUGAUUCCGAUUUCUUAUCAUUUGAAGGAGAAGGGAUUCGGUUGUUGUAAUAUCUCUAAGGAGAUGUGAAUGUGGCAUCCGAAAGCUCAAUUCUUCACGAAGCUUAUCUACGAAUUGGGUAAUACCGAAUCGUUUCAAACUUAACAACAUGAACAUGGAGGCUUUAAGGGAGGUCCUG